GAAAUUCACCCACGCUCGAUCCUUGAAGCGCCUCCGCUGGCAUCAUCAGUGCCAUUCUCACCGCGCGGCCGUUUGCACGUAGUCUCUCUGUCUCUCUCUUUCCGUCGUCGAGGACAACCUCGAUCCGCGUCGGUGCGCGACGUGCUGAUCGUCAUCGGGCGACGACGGUGAUGCGCGCUCGGAUGCAGGUGGGGGUCGGUGCAACGAGGGACGGAGAUCGCGCGCGGAGCGUCGCGAAGCAACCCCCGGGGGUGAUGAUGAGCGGCGUGCCGGCUCCCCGAGUUCUGCCCGCCGUGGUGAAGCUUUAGUCCUGGCGAUGCGGCGACCGCGAGCUUAACGCUUCGCUCGUUCUCUCGUCUACGCGAGUGUGAGGUCGGUGUGCGAAAGAGGUGCGCGGAUGUUGUUGUCGGGGAAAGCGGCCGGCGCGUCCAAGACAGUACGGUUUUGUUGAUGGUGGGCGAUGCGUCCUCGGUUAGCCGCUCGUCACCGUGAUCAACGACGUACCCGCGAUUAGCCGUGAUCCACGACGAUCGCCGUCGAGGUUCCCCUCCCCCGAAAGCGGACAUCGAAUACUGCUGAUCGAUGUUGAACGCGGCUAAAGAUAGAUGUAAGUUGGUUGGACGUGUACAGCGACCUUUUUGUAAAGAGAAAUGUAUUAUCGUCGUGUUCAAAGCUAAUCAACGACACGAGGUAGAACGGGGGUAGAAGGCUGAUUAAUUACCGUCUAUAAUUCACAAGAGUACACUUCGUCGCGAGAGCUCUCUUUAACUUGUAAUUAUUCACGUCGCAUCGCGCACAAGGACACAUAGGCUCGAUCGACACGUAGAAGAUAAAACCUCCUCCGUAUAGCGACCUGAGAAUAGAAUAUUUUCGCAUUGAGUCGAUGUGAAAUCACGUAUAUACUUUACGAAGAAAGUAUCUCUCUCAGGUAUAGAUCGCAUUCACUUGCCGGGCCAUCACGUUUCGCUUUUAUACGAGAAACCACUUACACUAUGACCGAAUAACAAAAACGAGUUCAUCACUUGUACCGUCGAACGCAACAUAUCGCGAUACUGGGACCAAUAUGCGAAUGCCGUCGCAUCGUGCAUGUGCAGGCACAUUGUAGCCGAAGUAGAGCCUUAAUUGUAACACAGUUACCAAGAGAAUAGCUCCGUUUAAUUUUCGUACAUGAACAUUACACAUGGUACAAGAAAGGAGCGAUCGAUACCAUCGUGAACCUACCCAACGAUGGCAAAAGAUCUGCGACUACUGUGUUUAUUUUCCUCAGAGUACAAUGUAAAGAAAAAGCCAAUUAGAAGACGCCGAUGCUCGCUCACGUUGAUAAUAUCAAUCAUGAAACAUGUGACUUGACAAGCAGAAGGCUUCGAAAGAGAGAUGAAGCUGAAAAUUCGCGCGCUUUGAAGAAAGAGAGAGUGAGAGCACGUAAUACCGAUCGUUCACACGUAGCUCCGGGCUUGUCGAAUAAAAGACCAAACGGAGUAGAAGCGAAGAAAGAAGAGUAUAGAAGUACAAUGACUGAUGAAGAAGUAGAGUUACAGUUCAUCAGAAGCGGUUCUAGGCCUUCUUCUCGGGAUCCUUCUCAGAUUCCUUCUAGGCAAUCUUUGUCGGAACAGGAGCAAAAGAUAGCAAUACCAGAAGAAGAGCCAACUCAAGGUAGCGACAGAGAUGUAAGGCAAGAGCGGACACGUAGUUACGAGCGCGAUGGGUUCACCAUUGUGUGUUCUCGGGGAAGGGCCGUCUGCUUCGUCCUGACCUGCCUCUUCACGGUCUUAGGCGUUGCAAUUAUCAUUGCCUUCGCCAGACCAGCAAAUGUCUGCCCUUGCGAGGAGAAGAAGAUGGACAGCACGGAAAUAAGUAAAAAGAGCACCGUGCUUCUAUCGACUUCGAACGAGGUGUUCCCAUGGAACAGCAUAAGAUUGCCCACAUUUGCACAUCCUACUAGGUACAAUAUUUCCAUCCAUCCGAAUCUCACCACCUCGAGAGUCAGGGGGCAAGUUACGAUCGAACUGUAUGUCGAUGAAGACACCAAAUAUAUCGUCUUCCAUAGUAGCGGCUUGAUAAUCACGGAAAAAAUGGUCCAAGAGCAGCGCAAAACUUCGAAGUUGAAAAUCGCCAAGUUUCUGGAGUAUCCGCCGCGCGAGCAGAUAUAUCUCGAAUUGGACGGCACUUUCCGAAGGAAAACGAACUACACGUUGCACUUGAGAUUCGCUUCGAAGCUGUCCACCGAGCUCGACGGGUUCUAUCUCAGCAGCUACAGCACACCCACAGGGGAAACAAGGCAUGUGGCUGCCACUCACUUCGAACCGACGUUCGCGCGCACCGCCUUCCCGUGCUUUGACGAGCCGCAGUUCAAAGCCAAGUUCAAGGUGUCGAUAUACAGGGACAGAUUCCAUAUCGCGUUAUGCAACAUGCCCGUGAUAAAUACCGACGAGGCUGGAUUUUAUCUCGGCUCAAGCAUCUUACGAGACGACUUUCAAGAGUCCGUGGAGAUGUCGACGUACUUGGUGGCCUUUGUGGUGUGCGACUUUAAACCGGUCACUUCGAAGAACAGAGGAGACAUACACGUGUAUGUCGCGGAGCAUCUGCUCCCGCAGGCGGUGUAUGCCGCGGACACCGCUGCUGAUAUUAUGGCUUACUUCGAGUCUUACUUUGGCAUACCGUAUCCUUUGCCAAAGCAAGAUUUAAUAGCAAUUCCCAACUUCGCGUCCGGUGCUAUGGAAAAUUGGGGCCUAAUCACCUUCCGAGAAGUGGCGAUACUGCUUGACCCGAAGGAAACGUCCCUCGAAGCAAGGGAGGGCAUAGCCGUCACCAUAGCCCACGAAUUGGCGCACCAAUGGUUCGGCAAUCUCGUCACGAUGAGGUGGUGGAACGAUAUCUGGCUGAACGAGGGAGCGGCCAGUUUCUUCGAGUACAAGGGUGUGCACAACUUCUCGCCCGAGUGGAACAUAAUGGACACGUUCGUCAUAUACAAAACGCAGCCGGCGCUUCGCCUCGACGCUCUGUCCAAUAGUCAUCCGAUAAAUGUAUCAGUCGAGGAUCCUAGCGAGAUAGAAAGCAUCUUCGAUGAGAUCAGCUAUUACAAAGGCAGCGCCAUUCUCUACAUGCUGGAAAGGUUUAUGGGCGAGGACGUUUUCAAGACCGGGCUGAACGACUAUCUAAAUUUACACGCCUACAAAAGCGCGGACACCGACGAUCUGUGGGCGGCUUUCUCGAGGAGCUUGAAUAAUACCCACGAUAUAAAAGCGGUGAUGGGCACUUGGACGCAGCAGAUGGGCUUUCCGCUUAUAAUCGUCACUCGAGACGGCGACACGAUCAAGUUAUAUCAGAAAAGAUUCCUCAUGACACCGCCGAAAAACAAAACUGACGUCCUAGAGCCGAAAUCACCCUUCGACUACAGGUGGUACAUCCCGGUGACUUACUACACGGACAAACAACCGCACGAGAUUCGCAAAGUGUGGUUGAAUAUGACUACUGUCGAAAUAUGGGAAAUGUCGCCGUACGAUGUCAAGUAUAUCAAGUGCAACGUAAACCAAACUGGCUUCUAUCGGGUUAAUUACACGGAGGAAAUGUGGGCCGCGAUCAUACAGACCUUGCACGAGAAUCACACAGUAUUCAGUCCGGCGGAUCGGGCGAAUCUCAUCGACGACGCUUUCACCCUCAACGAGGCGGGUAUGCUGGACAUCGCGAUUCCGUUAAAUCUCUCGUCUUACCUCGUCUACGAAAGAGACUACGUACCGUGGCAUACCGCUCAGGAGUUUCUGCACGCUUGGAGGAAGAAGCUCUACGAACAUACCGUGUACAAGAAGUUCACCAUAUUCUUCCGGAAGCUACUGAGGCCGGUGAUAGAAUACGUCGGUUGGAGCAACGAAGGGCCUCACAUGAAAAAAUUUCUAAGAAAUUCGGUAAUGAAAUCCGCUGUCAUCCUAGGAAUGGAUAGUGAGUUGCAGCCCGCGAAAAGUCUCUUUGUUAAGUGGAUGAGCACGGGCGUGCCUGUUCCGCCCGACAUACGAGAUGUCGUUUACGCGACAGGUAUCAAGUACAGCGGCGAGGAAGCGUGGUCUCGUUGCUGGGAAACUUAUCUGAAGACCGAGGUGUCCAGUGAGAGGCAGAUAUUGUUGCAAGCUUUGGGCGCGACGACGGAUGUCUGGCUGCUGCAGCGUUACCUCCUGCUGUCGCUGAACCAGGAUCUGAUCAGGGCGCAAGAUAUCGGGACCGUCAUAUGGUCCGUCGCCUCCAAUGAAAAUGGUCGUCACCUCGCUUGGCGUCACAUUAAAGCCUACUGGCCGAACAUGCAGACCCUAUUCGGAAACGUGUCGGUCGCGAUGAGCGGACUGAUAACCGACGUUGUUCCUUUCUUCAACACGGAAUACGAUUAUCAAGAGAUCUCGGAGUUCUUCAAACACGUCGAAGUUGGCAGCGGUAUGCGCACCUUGAAACAGAGCUUAGAGAAGAUCAAGUCCAACAUUAACUGGGUGAAGCACAACGGGGAUUGCAUAGACGCGGUGAUAAACGGUGACAAUUAUUCCACGCCCUCCGCAGGAUAACGACGAGAAUAGCAUGGUAGUGAGCUGAAGCGUGCAUUCAGUCGUUACGACGCUACGGUUAUUUUUUCUACAGUUUUUAUUCAUACGCGAUACUCCGGAAAGAUACGUGAUACAGCCUACAAAGAGGGAGAAAAAAAAUAAUAAGAAAGAACGAGAAGCGAAACCUCUCCGAGACGUAUUACUCAGGGGGCGAAGGAAGAAUCUCAUUCAUCAUCUAGAUGUAAAUUCGCAGAUCAAAAGACACCUAUUCCCGUCAACUCCGUUGGGAGACCGUCUCCGCCAGGCGAAGCUUAAACUUUAAAGGGCGACAAUCCUUGGACGAGGACAAAUCGUAUCCCCUGACGAGAGAAAGAUAUUCUUUCUCUCUCCCUCUCUCUUUCUCUCUCUCUCUCUCUUCCUCUCUCUCUCUCUGUACAAAAUCUCAUUAUCAUAGUUCGCUUGCCGGGAAGGGUCUCUUGAACGCGCACGGACGAAAAGCCGAACUGUUUGUAUGUAAUACAUUAUACACCGAUUUAUACGCACUUUCGAAAGUAUCUAUUUAUUUAACAAACGUGCACGCAGUGCGUGCCGGUCGGAUCAUUAAGUGUAAAGAGGGAUAAUGAGAGCAGACACAUACAUCGUUGUUCCUAGGGUGGUCGUUGACCCGACGUUCGACAAGUGAGGCUAAUGACAUACGCCUAUUGAUUCUGAAAGCAUAGUCCCCCGAGUUCAAUGUACUUUAUUACAACGAGGAACGACGAUAAUCACCUCCACGUGAUACGUUCAUGCCACAUCCCUGAGCCAUUCAGUAAGUUACUAAUUUAACGGAAAGGGUCGAGCUUUCGCGGCGAAUUUGUCGUAGAGAAGAGCGCUAAUUACACCGUUCGAGAAUAUACGAUUCGUGCAUGUAUAAUUUACUAUAAGGCAUUGGUGGCGAUUUAGAAAUAAUAUUGUCGAUCAUGAUGAUUUUUCACAAUAGCAUCAAACUUCUAACGGUAAGGUCGAGAUCGGAUGUGACCCCAUGGCUCGUUUAUUUGACAGCGUGCACGCACGCUGUUUCUCUUCUCAAAGAAUGUUUCAUGUUAUUAUUUGCCUCUUUCAUUCCUUUUGUACAUCGAUUACAUGAAAAAUGAACAAAACAGAGCAUGAGGCCGGAUCCCGCUUUCCUGGACGCGUUGAAAAUCCACCUUGCUGUUAGAGGAUUAAGAUGACAAUGAUGUUACGUCAUAAUGAUAUAUCGUGAUGAUGUCAUUGUCGUGAUAAUAUUGUUUUAGCAUGAUUGUACGAGCGAUCGUCCCGCGACUGGUGUCGGGCAAGAUGUCACUCGCGAAUGGCGAGCAGCGACUUCGAAUAUGCAUUUGUAAAUAUCAUAUAUUUUAUAUAGCUGUGUACGCUAAUAUAUAGGAAAUUAGCAUAUAUGAUUACUAAUAAUUUACAAAUGCAUAAACUGUGAUCAGACGAGGACACAAACUGGAAACUUCGCGUUGCUCGUGAACAUUUUCCCCGACACUGUUCCACGAGUUUAAGUAGCAUAUCAAUACACGGCAAAGAGGCGUGAUACGCUAAAUUGCUCGGGUCUGUGCCUGUGUUUCACAAGCACCGUCCAGAGAGAAACGAAAGACGGCGUUAGAGCACUCGGCCGCAGGGCCAGGUGGACACACGUCGAAUUAAUUAUAAAGAAAAAAGAAGGAAGGAAGGAAGGAGAAAGGGGAUCGAUGUGUACCAUAUGUGUGUCGCGUAUUCGUGUUUGCUAGAGAUCGCUGAAGGCGCGGGAUACGUCUCGUGUGGAGUUGAUUGUUCUCCACGCGGAGUAAUAGCGUAAAAAAUAAAGAAAAGUGGAUAUUUUAUUAUGAGAAAGUAAAUAAAAUUUAUAUAACCUCUCGUGACGCUUUAUAUAGUGUAUAUGUAUUAACGUGUAAGGGAGACGUGUGCCGUGUUAGUCCGAUUACUUUAUAAAAGAUCGAGAUCGUCUGACGUGAAACGUCGAAAGCUGAACUUUUCUAGGACCUCGUGUACGUGUCACAGUUUCCGAAUGUCGCGUUUAGCACGCAGGAUGAUAUCGAUUAAUAAUAAUCGCUAGCUCUAUGAAAAAAGCCGCAGAGCGGGACGUGACAGCCGUGCGAAUGCGAUCGAGACGCGAAGCAACUAAGUUCCCCGUUAUACUUUGGUACUAACUCUGUUUAUCGUUUCACGAUCGUACAGUUAACCACACAUGGACAAUAAGCGCCGGGAGAUGGUGAGAUGUAUUUAACGAGUACUUGAUUAUCACGUUAAGUGUAUUGCGUAUUAGUUGUCUUAACGAUACCGAUUGUUUUAACUUCCUAAGAUUAAGCCUUAGAAAAUUAGGUGUCCGUCGUGUGAAGCGACACACGCGUCUACGAAGACGGAUCUUUAUUAAACGAUAAGUACGUAGGAUUAGGCGCGAAAAGUCUGCGAAGUGUCUAAUAAUUAUAUUAGGGAGUCUAAAGCCAACUGCGAAACAAGUCCCUGCCCCAACCGACGAAGGAAAAGAAAGAAACGGGAAAAAACGUCGAACUGUCCGCGAACGUUCGUGUAUACCCGCUAUUUUUUACUUUACAAAUAUUUCUCGUUACUCGUCGAAACUCAGUCGGUCGGUCGUGUAUCUUAGCGUUAAAUUCGCAUUCUCUCGUGAAUAUCCAGUUAAAAGCGAGGCACUCGUUAAUUAAACGAAACACAUUACUCGACGUCGCGUACGAAUGCGUGGAACGUGACGGUUCUUCGAUACUUUUCCUUACCACGAGUCUCUACUGCCGUUUACGCUUGCCAUUACCGAUGCCCCGUAUAAUGGCAUUAUCUCUUAUAUAUAUUUAAUGCUUAUUAGCAUUUUUUCCUUAUUGGAUUGCUCUAUUCGACCGAUAAUUUUCUGCGUGCGUCCGUCGUGUUUGCGUGGUUUGCAUGAGCGAGCCAAGACGUUAGACGCAUACAAAUAUAUACACGUGCGCGCACACACGCACAUCAUUUCUCGCAUACGGAGAAAAGUCUGUAAAUAACGACAGCCGUGAAUCUUUCAUCGUCCCAUUAAGUAGAUUUUGAUACACUCCAAAAGGCGAAUUAACGAAUCGACGCACAACUAAAAUAACCUUAUCUGUAAAUAGCAUAUUUUUUCACUAACGGAUACUCUUCCCCCCUCCCCCUCCUCUCUUUCUCUCUCUCCUUUCUUGUUAAAGAGUUAACGAACGAAAUUGCUUCGGAAGCGUUUAGGGAAGCGUCCGCUCGUCGAUCCGCGCGAGAUGCGAACCGAUUGGCCUACUUAACGAUAUUCUCACGGUAUCCGAAAGUACUCGUAUGAAUGUGUACAGAAUACUCUCGUCACUUACGUUCGCCGAUCAACACUGCAACUCUGCGAGCUUAGGUCCGAUCGAUGAUCUUUAAAUUAUCUUCAAUAGGCACACAUUUUACUGUCCAUGUGCAGUUAUUUUGUCAGGUUUCGUUAGCCUUACGUGAGCAAUUUAUGAAAGCGGAUGAACAAUGUCGAUUUUAUAUUUCUUACUAGGAAGAACUUCAUUAUAUCAAAUCCAUUGUACGCGCGAGAUAAAACGGAAAAAAAAAUAUUACACCGAAAGACUGUACACCAGAGUAAUCAAGUACAUACCAGAGUACAUACUUAUUGUAUUUUAUGCAAUCACGACACGAUUACGUCUUAAGAGAACAAGGCUGUCUUGCAUCCCAUAUUUACGAAUAAAUUAUCAACGUAACAGUAUAUAUUGUAUACCGUUCUCAACUGUACUGUUGUCAUAGCUAUUUUGUUGUAUAAAAGAAUACCAGAUAUAUACAAGCAUACAAAUGAAUAUAUUAU